AUGUCUGAAACUGUCAAUAUCACUAGCGCAAUGUCUUCCAAUGAAAGUGACGCACAAGGGGGUGUCAGAAUCGCGGUUGAGGGAUGUGGUCAUGGUGUUCUCCAUGCCAUCUAUGCUUCGGUGAAUGAAGCAUGUCGGGUUAAAGGUUGGGACGGUGUCGAUCUUUUGAUAAUUGGUGGUGAUUUUCAGGCAGUGAGAAACCAGCACGACCUCAAUGUCACCUCAAUGCCACCGAAAUACAGACGUAUGGCCGACUUCCACGAAUACUACAGUGGCGCUAGGACUGCACCUUACCUGACAAUCUUCAUCGGCGGAAACCACGAAGCGAGCAACCACCUCUUCGAACUGUACUACGGUGGUUGGGUCGCACCAAACAUCUACUACCUCGGAGCGGCCAAUGUCAUUCAAUUUGGUCCUCUCAGAAUUGCCGGACUAACCGGAAUAUGGAAGGGAUACGAUUACCGCAAACCUCACUUCGAACGACUGCCAUACAACCGAGAAGAAACCGGUAGCAUCUAUCAUGUCCGAGAAUUAGAUGUCAGAAAGCUGUUGUCUCUGUCUACCCAAGUCGACAUAGGUCUUUCCCAUGACUGGCCAAAUGGGAUUGAGAUGCAUGGAGACUAUGGCUGGCUGUUCCGAAACAAACGCGGCUUCGAAAAUGAUUCAAGAACAGGCAAGCUGGGAAGUGUCGCCGCAAGACAGUGCUUGGAUCGCCUAAGGCCUCUGUAUUGGUUCUCCGCACAUCUCCAUACCAAGUUCAGCGCCAUUCUUCAUCAUGACAAAGCCGAUGAACCUGCAGUGUCAAAGCCGACACUCCCUCUCAACAUCUCCGAAUCUAGUGAUGAGCAAGGCAAAAGCGGCGCCAACGAGGAGCGGGCAAAUGUACCUUCGAUGGCCUCUAGCACGAACACCCCGAAGGCCGAAGAUCGAGUCCCAACUUCAGCAUGGCAACUCUUCGGCGCAACUGUUCAGCAAGAAGACGCCAAAGAAAGAGAAAGGAUUUUGCGUGAAAGAGAAAACGAGCGUCGGGAAGAAGAGAGAGUCGGUACCAAGUUUUCUCCCAAAAUCGAUUAUCAAGAAACAUUCAAGAAAGUUGAGACUAGAGAUGGCUUUGAUAGGACGGUUGUUGAGACGACUCAUGCCCAAGCGAGUUCAACAGGAAGUGCGAAUUCAGCACCAACCCCAAACCUCGAUGGGGCAUUCUUCUCCAGACCUACUAAGAGACAGCGACUGGGAAACCCUGGGGACAAUGUCGGCCGCCAGAAGGAUACAUCUGCUGAGCACACCGUCCCUGAAACCUCGAUGGAUGGCAAUAGUGCAAGUGUUGGGACAGGAUCCCAAGUUGCGGUUAACAAUCCGGACGCAAUCGACAUCGAUAUGAGUGAUGAUGACGACGCUACAGUUAUUGCUGCAGAAAAUUUAGCCACCCCUCAAGCAAAACCUCUCUCGGUCCAUGGAGCCACCCCUUCAACGGUGCCUGUUGUCGGAAAUACCGAGGAGGACGUUUCGACCAGUAUGUCUGGUCAAAGUGAGGAUGGUGGUGUCAAAUUGAAGCCCCAAGCAUCAUCCUUCACACCAAUGUCUGGCACGUCGUCUCCAAUAGGACCAAAGCAAGGGUCGCUAGGCUCUCCGGCGUCUUCAAGAAACUCGUUGACUUUAGAGUCCAAUCCUAGAGCAAAAGUCUUCCAACCCGAAACAUCCCCAGCAACUGGAAAUGACCUCGAACGCAGCGCCACGCAAUCAACGACGACGGUCGAUCCGGAGAACGAAGUGUCCGAAGAAAUGCGCGCCCAACUGGCCGCUUUGUCCAGCAACUUCACACAGACCGAAAAGACCGAAAUAUCUCCACCACUACCAUUCCCGGAAGCAAUAACCAACAAGACCACUCAUUUCCUUGCUCUAGGCAAAUGCGAACCAUUCCAAGAAUUCCUCCAACUCCUCACCGUCAACUCAAUCACCUCUCCUGCCAGACAAGUCAAACGUCCCCUCAAACUCUCCUACGACCCUGAAUGGCUAGCUAUCCUGCGCGUCUUCGCCCCGGAGUUGUCUCUCGGUGGUAAUCCGACUGACAAAGUGGCCCCUCACCGUGGUGACACAUGGUACCGUGAGCAAAUCAUCAAGGAGCAAGAAUGGAUCAAGGAACGUGUCGUGAAGCCAGGACAGCUGCAAGUUCCAGAGAACUUCAGCAUCACGGCGCCCGUAUAUGAUCCAGAGCUGAAAGUUGGUCCGAACGAGAUGCCGCGUGAAAUGACGAAUCCUCAGACAAAGAAGAUGAGCGGGAUUUUAGAAUGCGGCAAGGGCCGAGGCCGGAGAGUGCAGGGUCCUUACAACAUCAUCAAAACCAGUCUCGAAGAGAAGGAGGUGGUGGUGAUCAUGGACAGCACAGCGGCAGGGGACGUGGUGGUCGUGGCGGUUAUGGUUGUCGGCGGGGAGGAGGCAGAGGUGGACGAGGAGGUGAUAGGGGGAGAGGACGUGGGUAUUGGUGACACAUGA